UACAUAGAUGGCUUGUUACACCUUAUUCAUAUUCCUUUUCCUCUUUUCAUUCCUCACGAGCUCAUCAGUUUGCGCUCAAAAUCCUACUUUUGUUGCUUAUGACUGUCGGAAUGAGAGAAAUUUCACAAGAAAUAGUACUUACUUUACUAAUCUAAGAGCCCUUUUGUCCUCUCUCUCUUCUCGCAACGCCUCAUACUCCACCGGAUUCCAAAACGCCACGGCUGGAAAAGACCCCGACAGGGUCACGGGACUUUUCCUGUGCCGUGGAGACUUAUCGCCUGAAGUUUGCCGUAGCUGCGUCAGAUUUUCCGUCAACGAAUCCUUAACUCUGUGUCCAAACCAGAGAGAAGGCGUGCUCUAUUACGAUGAGUGUAUGCUUAGAUUCUCUGACCGGAAUAUUCUCUCGACCGUUACACUAGGUUGCUGUCUCGGUGCUGUGGCCUACGGUAGCAACCAGGAUGUUCCAUCUAACCAAGUCCAACGAUUCAACGAGGUGUUGCUGCUCACCUUGAAGCAAGCCGCCAUGGACGCCGCGGAAAGUUCUAGAAAAUUUGAUGCGAGAAAAGCCAAUUUCACAGCAUCUCAGACUCUGUACGGACUGGUUCAGUGCACUCCCGAUCUGACAACAGCAGACUGCUAUACUUGUCUGCAAAAAGCCAUUAAUCAAUUAGUCACUAACAAACUUGGGGGAAGAAGUAUUCUUCCGAGUUGUAGUUCGAGAUUCGAGAUUAGCCCAUUCUACAACGAAACGACCGUUAUAGCCCCACCACCUCCGGUGUUAGCUCCUCCACGACCUGGGAAAGGUGCGAAAUCAGACUUAUUAGUCUUACCGAUUGUUGUGUCUAUUAUAGUGGUUCUUCUGCUUUCCAUAGCUGGCUAUCGUUUCUUUGCAAAGAAGGCUUAUGAUACCGCACCUGCAUUUGAUGGAGAUGAGGGAGCAACGGCAGACUCGUUGCAACUCGAUUACAGAACAAUUCAAUAUGCAACUAGUGAUUUUUCAGCGAGGAACAGGAUUGGUCGAGGUGGAUUUGGCGAGGUUUACAAGGGUACAUUUUCAAAUGGGACUGUAGUCGCAGUGAAGAGACUUUCGAAAACAUCAAGACAAGGUCAAGAAGAGUUCAAGAACGAAGUUGUAGUUGUUGCAAAGCUUCAACACAGAAAUCUGGUUAGGCUUCUCGGGUUUUGUUUAGAAGGAGAAGAAAGGAUACUGGUCUACGAGUUUGUUCCCAACAAAAGCCUUGAUAAAUUCCUAUUUGAUCCUUCAAAGCAAGGUGAGCUAGACUGGACUCGGCGUUACAAGAUUAUUGGAGGGAUUGCUAGAGGGAUUCUAUAUCUUCAUCAAGACUCACACCUCACAAUUAUACACCGUGAUCUCAAAGCCAGUAACAUUCUCCUAGAUGCAGAUAUGAAUCCGAAAAUCUCUGAUUUUGGAAUGGCAAGGAUAUUUGGAAUGGACCAGUCUGCAGAGAACACAAACAGGAUAGUUGGAACCUAUGGGUACAUGGCUCCUGAGUAUGCGAUGCAAGGUCAGUACUCAAUAAAAUCAGAUGUCUAUAGCUUUGGAGUGACAGUACUUGAGAUAAUAAGUGGCAAGAAGAAUAGUAGCUUCUACCAGAUAGAUGGCGCACAUGACUUGCUCUCAUAUGCUUGGAGGCUUUGGAGGAAUGGGACAUCGUUAGACCUUGUGGAUCCGGUUAUUCUACAUAAUUGCCAAAGAGAUGAAGUGGUUCGAUGCAUCCAUAUUGGUCUUUUAUGUGUUCAAGAAGAUCUUGUAGACCGUCCAACCUUAUCAGCCAUCGUUCUGAUGCUCACUAGUGACAUUGUGACAUUACCGGUGCCUAAGGAACCAGGGCUUUUCUUUCAGAGUAGACCCACAAAAGACCCACUUGAUUCAAAACAAUCCAUCACCAAUUUAUAUCCUCGUUGAAAACGAAAUUUUUACCUUCAUGCGUAAAUCAGCUGGUGGUAUUUAGUUGUAAUUGUUUUUGUAUGGUAUUGUAACCAAAUCGUUCAAAACGAAAUGUUUACCUUCAUGCGUAACUCAGCUGGUGGUAUUUAGCUGUAGUUGUAAUUGUUUUUGUAUGUUAUUGUAACCAAAAUACAUAUGUAAGAGUGACCUAAUCCUCUAAAAGCCAUGAUAAGUCAAUAAGAGAAUUUGAAUUGUG